AUGAGGCGGCAAAAUACGUUUCGCGGACAAAUCAAGUUACUUCUGAUUAUCGUUGGUCUUUUUUCACUACUAGUGACUGCUGGUGACGAACCGAAACAAUGGACACCUGAUGAUCCUUGUCCAACGUCAAUUCACGCCAUUAUACCCAACUACAGAACAAGAUCCGAAUUUGGAACAUUCGAAGGCGUUCAUGAAGCUUUGCAGAUAUGUCCUAAUAUCUCCGAGUUGCAUAUGAACUGCAGAUAUGGUAGCCGCCGGCACCGACUGCCUUUCAAACUCGACGGCAGUGAACGAUAUAUUUCAAGGCCACAGAUUCUGUCCCUCACAGGCUACGAAUUUGAUCAUGAUGAGUGGUCGGACAUAAGGCCCCAAGGAACUCACCCUACUUUCGGCAAUGCUGUAUGGCCUAAUGAUGGUAUAUGGCCGGUGUCUUCGUCGACUAACCCUGUCAUUAUAUGGGUAGUGGAAAUGUUCUAUAAAGCCAGAUGGCAAUGGGAAUGUCUCCAGGGUUUCAUGGCAGACCUGGGCCUCUUGCCAUGGCCGCUCCACAGUGAUAUCUGGAAGUAUGAGGGGUAUUCUAAAGAGUGGUACUCCCAAAGGCAUACGCCAGCUGAGAGACGAUCUAUUGAGAAUAUUCAGCGCUGGCUCGAAGCUAUGGACUUUUCUCAGAUACAUAGCUUGACAAUCUCCGAGUAUCUGAACGUGCCUUUGGGCAAAGGAGUCUACCACGAUCUACCACGAGCACUUACAGGACUAAAGACACUAAAGGUCGAAGGCCAAUGGAUAAACCCCAGAUACGAGACAUUGAGUAACGAUCAACACGAAGAUAGGGAAUAUCCGUCCCCUGAAAAGAACUGGCUAGAACCGUUAUUACCACCAGCACUGGACUUCAUAACAGCAGUACGUUCAGGGUUGGAGAGUCUUACUUGGACCGAGAGUGGCCCUGUCCGAAAUGAAGUUUUCGAGACUGUUUUGAAGUAUCAUGGAUCUUCGCUCAAGUAUCUGGAGUGGACAAAUACAGAGUUGGAAACAUCUUUCUUCUCGGAGGAGCAGAUACGGAGCUUGGGAAAAUGGGCACCGGGACUGACAAACCUGACUAUUAACUUGGGCCGGGUAGAUGACGUGUGGCCAUGGAAACAUCUCAAAGCUGUCGCCGAAAGUCUACCCAAGUUGACCAACCUGACCAUCUACCUCAAUAUGUACGACCAGUCGUCGAACUUUGACCCUAAUGAUGAGGAGUUGAUACCAGCGAAGCCUCCGUUCACGAAGGAGGCUUCACUUGACAUGUUCAACAUUCUUAACCUUUUUAAGACCGGCGACAAGAUUCAAAACGUCGAGUUUAGGCAGGGCGAUUGGCAGGCACCCACUGAUGGUCCAAAGAUAUGGGAAGGGGUUUGGACAAUUCGGGGACCAAGAAUGUGGAAGAAAUGUAGCUUGGACGUGCAGCGAAAAUGGUCGAAGCCAACAUGUGAAGAAGGGCAUGAGGACAAGAUUGAAGUUGAAUGGCGAAAGCCUAAGCGGUCGACCUGA